AUGACAUCAGGCCUUUUUCGCCUUUCAGAUAUUAACGAGUGUACUAUUAGCGUCGAUAACUGUGAUGCCAAUGCUUUCUGUAAUAACACUGGUGGAUCUUUUGACUGCAUCUGCAGUCCAGGAUACACUGGAAAUGGAACAUCAUGCACCGGUAAAUCAUGUUCAAGUCAUAUAAAACUAUAUAAUGAACUCCAAAACAGAAGCACCCCAUUAUAUACAUACAACGUUGCUCGUCUCUCCACUUUCUCUCCUUAUUACUCUAUUCAUAAUAGCCUGCCUGCAAAAAUAACAGCUGCUUUCUCUCCUUCCAGAUAUUAAUGAAUGUGUGACUAACGUCCAUAACUGUGAUACCAAUGCUUUCUGCAAUAACACUCAGGGGUUUUAUAACUGCACAUGCAGCCCUGGAUACACUGGAAAUGGAACAUCAUGCAACGGUUAUUUUCAAAAUUUUUUGUUUGUUUUUUCGUUUUGUUUUUUAUUCACUUUCGUUUUAAACUUACCGUAGGUUAAAAUCACCAACUUGUAUGAUUUGUGUUUUGGGGGGGAAAUGUUGUUUAUUGCCUUGGUAUUUUCUUCUUUCAACUGAAAAUGAAGAGGGAAAUUAGAAGAAAUCAAUGCCACAACCCAAGAAACAGUUAUCCACAAACGUCAUUUAAACUGAAUAUGUCGAAAAUCAGGCCAUUUUUAGCGCAGAAUGAGCUUCCCUAUCUGUUUUUCUAACCCUCAUUUAUAUAUUUGUUUUCAGCCUUUUUCUCCUUCACAACCGACGGACGCAUCGGAAAUCAUGGCAUUAUUCAAAAUUUUACAGUUCCGAAGACCGGUGUGUAUCUGGUAAAAGCCUGGGGUGCUCGAGGAGGAACACAUGCACCAACCUAUGGAAUAACCCCGGGGACAUAUCACGGUGGCAGAGGGGCAAUUAAGGAAGGCAUGUUUCGUUUGAAUGAGAGCACUGUACUGAAUAUUGUGGUGGGACAAAAAGGUGGAGAUUCAGUGCAGGUUCAAGGAGGAAAUUCCACUAACUUGACAGCCGCUCAGCUGGGACUGUCUGUAGAGGACAAUGCUGGUACUGGGGGAGGGGGAGGGAGCUUUGUUUAUACGACAAGUAAUGUACUUUUGUUAGCUGCCGGAGGGGGAGGGGGUGCAUCCAAUGGUUAUAACGGAGUGGAUGGUCAGGCAUGUAGUCAUGGUACCAGCUCUGUUGGAAAAUUCCCAGCUCAUCUUCGAGGAGGAGGAGUUGGAGGGCAACCCGGUCUUUGUAAUUCUGGGGGAUUACACAGCGGGGGAGUCGGGGCCGGUUGGUUUGGUCCUGGAUGUCUCGUAUCGGGUUCUGUACAUGGCGAAAGGGGCGGGUCACGCCCUGAAGUCUGGGUCGGAGGAAGAGCUGGGGAAAAGAAUAGUGGUUACAACGGAGGGCCUCCUCCAGGGGCAGUAGGAGGGUUUGGCGGUGGGGGAGGGGGAGCCGAAGAUGGUGGUGCAUCUGGAGGGGGAGGAGGUUACUCUGGGGGAGGAAGCGGCGUGUUUUCUUUUCAGGCAGGAGGGGGUGGGGGUUCGUUUUGUGGUGGCUUAAAUGGAAGUUGUUCAGGUGUUUCCGGUGGUAACCUGAAUGACAAUGGGCUAGUACAAAUCACACAAUUGUAA